AUGUAUAUGACACCGACCGAGCUCGCCACUGUGUUGUUGGAGGCCUUCAAGACACUGCUCAGCGAGUGCGAAAGCUACGUGCAGUACUUUGAGCAGCGCUUUCGGUUGGAGGAAGAGCAUGUCAGGGCUGUUAAGGUGAUGCUCGAGCGCCAGCGCGACCUGGACAUGCGCAUCAAUCGCAAACUAGCGGCGCUGCCGGGCCUGCUACCUGAUCCAGGCCGCCUGUCCAACCUGCGCAACACCUGGGGCGAUAUGCGCCUCUCAGAAAUAUGGGCGAUCGACGUGCGACUCAAUACGCUUAUGGACUGCAAACGACUGGUCCUGCAGCCCGUCGUGCAGUUCCGCGAUGCACAGGAGCGUAUCCGGCGUCGCGUCAAGGACGAUCUCAAAAACUGUGUGGACGACUACGAGGAGAUGCUGCAUACGACCCUCCCGCGUAUUCGCCGCAUGUAUGAAAAACGAUGCGAAGAGCACGAGUUUUUCCGGCACCAGCAGCGUGCCAUCGAGGAGCAGCGCCAGCUUCUCUCUGUCAGCUCGUUCACGUCGCCGUCUGAGAUGCGCGUGCCGGACACCUUCUCGGAGGUCCGCGGGUCAACAGACGCCGCCCUCCCACCCCUUCCCGUCACCGAGUCAAAUAUCAGCACACCCAACUCGUCGACGAACCGCUCGUUUCUAGAGACGCUACGCAAGAAGGAGGGCUGGGACCAUGCGCCGCGGCGGCUCAAUGCACUCUUUUCACGUAUGCUCGAUGUAUCGGACCGUGUGCCCAGCGGUGAGCUGUCGCCGACGUUCCCGAUGCCGGCGCCCGCCGGUGCUGGGACUCCCGACCCGGCACCGGGCAGCUCGGACACACUCCUGCCGCCCGGCAUGUCUAACAAGGCCCUGCAAACUCUUGCGGUCAAGCAGGCCAAGGCGAAGCGUGAGAUGGAGGAGUCCGACAAGGCGUACCGCAAGGCCAUUUUCGACCUAGAGACGCUACGGCUGCGCAGAAACAAGGCGCUGGAGGCUGCCGUGAAGAGCCUUUUGGAGUGGCGGCGCGAGCUCACUGUCACCAUGCAAAAUGCGGCCCUGCAGUAUGUGCAGUCGAGCAAGGCGAUGCGCACAUCGAUUGAGUCAGUGCACCAGCAGGACGAACAGCUGGCGCUGCGUAUGCUGCAGGAUUUGGACGAGGAGCAGCGCAUUUGCGAAGAGUGGCUGCCCAAUACACGCACACUUGUGAAGAAUGAGCGAGUGAAGUAUGUCAACUAUUUCCACGGUCCGUUCAACGACCUUAUCUUUGGUACAGGUCUCGUGGACUAUGCGUUCUCGCACGGUGACCACAAUGUGCCGUCGACGGUUACGGACAAAGGCCAGGUACUUCCGUCUGUGCGGCCUCCGCUGAUCGUGACGAAGUGCAUUGACUUUAUCGAGCAGCCGCGAUGUGUGCAGACACCGGGCAUCUACCGGCUGAGUGCUAAGUACUCACGCGUGCAGGCGCUCACGAGCGUGAUUGAGCAGGACGAGUCAUCGUUCCAGUUCGACACUGAGCGAGAAGAUCCAAUCCUCGUGGCCUCCGUGCUGAAGCUGUACCUGCGAGAGCUGCCAGAGCCCGUGAUGCCGAUGAAGUGGGAGGAGCGGAUUAAGUACACGCAUGAGCGGGAAGAACACAUCCGCACCGGCUUUGCGAACUUCAAGUCGCGCAUACGUCGUAUGCCGCCGAUUCACCAAGCAACGCUCCGGGCGCUUCUCCUGCAUCUCAGCUUUGUCGCAUCGCAUGCUGCCGCGAACAAAAUGACGCUCUCCAACCUGGCGGUUGUGUUUUCGCCAGUGAUUCUCUCAGAAACAGAUCACGAGACGACCAGCAUCGCGGCCGCCAGCGAAGAAGACCGCACGCUGGAGGACUUGAUUAAAUACUGUGGCGAGAUCUUUGCCGUUCCGGCCGCGUACGCGAACCCCCUCCCCCCCGUCCCGUCGACGCCGCCCAAAGAGCCUGCUGAUGCGUCUGAGCCAAUGCCCGCGAGCAUGGCCCGCAGCACGAGUCUAUACAAGUCGCUGGGCGAUCACCAAGACCCGGAGCUGGGCGGCUCGGAGGAACCGUGGGGCCUAUAA